AUGUAUUGUAUUCAUAUCACGUCCCUCCUGUUCAUAUUAUACUCCUUCACUACAUGCCAACAAAUUUGCACGGAUCAGGAUUACGAGUUCACGUAUACAAACUGCGAUGAGAAUGGAGAGAGAUGGAGGGUUGCAGUGCCACGUAGUGGAAUGCAGUGCUCGAAUCUGCCAACUCCGAGAAGAGGCUUGAAUUGCUCCUUCUCGUGUGAACCCGGUCACUACCUCGACCUAGACAGCCAACACUGUCGUCCCUGUAACCCUGGAUUCUUCAGUUUGGGAGGUGGUAUCAGAUACGAGGAGUUUAUCACAUUACCCAGUGGUUUCUCAGUGGAUAAUAUGGAUUCCAACCCGGAUACACAGUUUUCAAGUAAACAGAGUCAAGUGGUGGAAUGUCCGAAAGAAGCCGGUUGGGUGGUCAAGGACGGCGAGUUGAUCUACAUACCCACUCCAUGUGUCUCCAGAUUGUCCUUUUCUGCAAACUUAGUCCGGCCAGGAUCCGUGGAGUUCACUUAUCGAAUGCCCCGUAACAACCGUGCUCUCUCCAUGCAAGUAGACAUCCGUAACGAGCAGUGUCAGAGUUACAACGAUGUUGCCAAGUCAAUGUUUUUGAAGUACACGAAAAAAGAGAAGGAUGAAGAAGAGAGGAAUGGAGACUGGAGGAAACGGAGGAUCGAGUUGAAGUCGGGUGCCAAUGUGAUCUCAUGGAUUAUUCAGAACAAUCUGGGAUACCAGGCAUCCAGUCAACCUAUUCAUAUUGAUCGGAUUGAUGUACUAGGAUUAGCAUUCACAAGACAAUGUACCGCCUGUCCACCUGGAACAAGCUCCCCCGGAGGAUCUGCAGAAUGUAUUCCAUGCUCCCCUGGUCACUUCUCUUCUAAGGGAUCAUCCCAAUGUGGAAAGUGUCCAGAAUCUCAAUACUCUGGAUUCAAAUCCGAGAAGUGUAUUGACCGACCUCCUUGCCGUGUAUCCGACUACUAUCCAGUCCGUGAACCGUGUACAAACGGGUCAAGUCGGGCGGUCUACAAAAAAGUGUUACCGUCGAUAUGUCGAGAUGACAUGCCUUCUUCUACUAAACUCCCUCCACCAACUCCGUGGAAGACGUGUCCGAAAUGUAAUCCCGGAAUGGAGAAGAACAAGUUGGGAGUCUGCGAGUUCUGCAAGAAAGACUAUUAUUCGGAUGGGAAUUCUUGCGCCCGCUGUCCAGUCGACACUGUACCAAACUACGGACUACAAUACCAGAACUGGGAAGUUAUGCCACCAAAACUGAGCAGUCGAUGUGAAUAUAUUUCUGAAGACGUCGCAACUACUUGUAACAUUGGCGACGCCUGGCUUCCUUCCGGUGGCUCUCUCAUCUCUGCUCCAUCCCUUGAACUUGGAAUCGCCUUCGAACUAAUUCUAUCAAUUGAAGAAGGAUUCUGGAACCCUCUUGCCCCGAAACCAUCCAAAACUAUGAAAGUACCAGUGGCUCAAGUGACAAUAGUAUUCGAAACUUCAUGUGCUGAUGAGUCAUGCGCCCUCUACUUUAUAGAAGAUAUGUCAGCUGGUAUCAAGGGACAACGAGAAUCAUUCUAUCACUUUCUCGCUGCAUUCAACGGAACAAACAGUAAACGAGUCUGGAGUCAUACUGUAACUAAAAACACUCCUGCCAGAUUCAUGGUAGCAUUCUUACGGUCUGGAGUGUCAUCUGGAGAGGAUAGAAUCUCAGAUGAAGCUAGAAUCUACUCAAUCAACGUGACAAAUGUCGGGCAUCGUGGAGGACAAGGCGGCGGGGCAUCUCAAUGUCUGACAUGUUCACAUACUGCAGGAGGAGAGACGUGUGUGCCGUGUCCGGCUGGAAAUUAUAUGCACGAAGUGACGAAAUUGUGUGUAUCGUGUCCGGUGAACACGAUUGUGAACGCUUCUUCGAGUAGAGUUGGAGUCGAGAGUUGUGUUCCGUGUGGACAAGGAUUGACGUCGAAGGAUGGAGUGACGUGUACAGCAAUUGGGAAGAUUCAGUUGGAUUCUGGAGGGAAGGAUAACAAUGAGACAAAGUUCACUUAUGAUUUCUCGCCGUUUGUUGGAAGAUCAUGGAACAUCUCUGGUGUCCGCGUAUUCUCCCGAGAAGGCUCCGCCUACUACCACUUCUUUACUGUCGCCAUGUUCCCUCCUAACAUCAAAUGUCAGGAGCAAUACGAUAAUUUCGAUAUGAUAGGAUUACUGGACCAAGAUAAAGAGGCUGUUGAAGGACUCGCUUGUCGAGUGACUGCACUGCCAACUCCUAGUUCGAAUAGGUCCAAGACGGCCUACGUGACUCCGUUGUUAGUGGCGAGUCGGUUGGAUUCAAUCACUACAAGUAGGACUCAUGGGAACACGAGUUUUAGUGAUGAGGUGUUGGAGUAUGACAGCCACGACAACACGUCCCGCCCACUGGACGUCUUCUUCUGGUUCGACCCGGUUGCAUCGCUCUCCUCCACGUGUCCGAAUGGCAAUCAACUCGUAGUUGUUGCUCGUUGUCUCCCAACCAAAAAACAAAUGGAAAUGCGCCUUCCACACAGUUGUCCCGAUGGAACAUGUGAUGGAUGUUUGUUCUUGGUGAUCAUGGAAACUGCGCAGGCGUGUCCAGUUUGUGAAUCGAAUGACUAUGAGACGAUCAAUGGAGAAUGUGUUAAUGGGAAGCAGACGAUUCAUAGUAUUCCGAAAAAACACUGCGUGAUCACUGGCGCCGCCUCCCAAACGAAAGAAGUCGCUUGCAGUGCAUUCACUGCCUUCCAGAAGACCCUUCUGACUAUUCUUGUCCUCUCAAUGAUCCUCCUAUCGAUUGGAUUCAUUUGUAUUUGUAGAAGAAAUCGACGACUGGAAUACAAAUAUACGAGACUGAUUGAGUCUCAUACUGGAGAAUUGCCAGCUGUCGAGACGUGUGGAUUGGAUGAGGAUGAGGAUGAUGAUGAGCUCCAAGACCGUGUAAUCUUCUCGAAAGGCCGUCGUUCAGCUCCGAAUAACUCGAGAACAACUCUUCGAGAUCAUCGUGAAAAUGACAAUGCUGCAUUUAUUUCUCUUGACAGUGAAGAUUGA